CAAUACUGUAACAGUCUCAGGGAAGAGAAGUUCUAAAAAUAUAUUUCGUUUUCUUGCGAGAGACGGUCGGCUUUAUUACGUCGCAAGCACGAUGUAUAUCUCACGACUGUCCAGACUUCUCGCACAGACCAAGAGUCUCUCGAAGCCGGAGCAGAUAGUACAAAAAAGGACGGCAACGACCACCCCGACUGGUGCCAUUCUUCCCGAGCCCGAGAAGACUCCAUUUGGUCUUCUGGGUAUUGUGUGUGCGGUAGUACCUGGUCUACUCAUUGGAGCUGCCAUUAGCAAAAAUAUAGCUAAUUUCUUGGAAGAGAACGAGCUGUUCGUGCCCUCGGACGACGACGACGAUGAUGACUAGUUUGCGACUGCGCGUGAUAUAUUU